AUGCCUAAGUCUGCUCCUCCUCGUCAGGGCAACUUUCGAUCCAACCCCUACGGAACUUGGAUCUCUCCCAGCUUUACUAGACAAAGCAACUAUUACCCAAGCCCUGGCUCUCUUUUUGACGACCCGCCUUUCGGUAUGCAGCAGCGCGCCUGGGGCCCUCCGUCUCUGGGCUCUCCCGAGGGCCCUUAUGAUGUGAUCAUCCCUCCUUCUGAGUUGACCCGCGGCCAGCGUGUGGUUACCGUUCCUACGCCUCAGCUACUCGGCGCUGAGACUACUGAGCAACGCUCUCAAGGCAGCCUUUUUGGGGAUCCCCGGACCUCUGCAGCGGCCGAGAACCCAAAAGCUGAAGAGGCCCAGCCUGCACAAGACUUCAAACCUGCUCCGGAAUUCAAGCCCGCCCAGGAGUUCCGUUCCCCACAAAUCCAGCUGUUUCCGAGGCAGAAACAGCCUCUGAAGCGAGUUGACAGCAUGGUCCUCCAGGCUGUGACUCGCAACAGCCGUCGGGGCAAGGAUAUCCCCGACCUUCGUGUCGUCAGUAACAGCUAUGGAGGUGGCACUCAGUGCAACGUCUACAGCAAAGUGCCCUCCGUCGCCAAGACCAUCUCCUUCAAUGUCGAUGAUGAGGAAGCGCUCCUCAAGGCUUAUCGCCACGUCAAGGCGAUGAACCCUUCCGCCCCUGUCGGAGGCAUCAUGUUCAGCAUCGGCGCAAAAGGUGACGCCAGCCGGGUUAACAGCAUCAGCUGGGACUCUUUCGCUGGCCGCUCUGGUCUUGGUAGGAGCUUCUCCAUGAACCUGAAUGGUGACAAGUUUGAGGUCUUUCGCCCCCGACGAUAA